GCCCCAAGUAGAGCAGUGAGGCAGUGGCCAGUCCCCUCCUCUCGCUCGCCUCUCCCGCCUAUAAAUCCCCGUGCCGGACUCCGAGCUCAGAGACUCGGACACAGCUGGUCGGUCAAUGGACAACCCAACACAGCAACACCUAUAGAAAUAUCCAGACUGCAGAGCACAAACAAAGCUGGUAGUAUCCGCCAAAUACGAUCAAAGUGAGCAUUAGUCUGCACAGCAACAGCUGUAGCUCUUUUUGUUCCUGCGGUUUUAGUUUUGAGUGUGCUCUUGAGUUAGCUCAGAGAUGGGCCGCGAGGAGGAAGAGAGGCUCCUGUUCCCGUCGUUCUCCUUCCCGGGCGAGAGCUUCGCGGAGGCCGCCACUUCCGGCUCCGCAGGUGGUGAGCAGAAGAAGGCUCGGCAGCGGCGGAGGCGGAAGGCGCGACCGCCGGCGGAGGGAGAGGGCGGGGACGAGCAGUUCAAGAAGCGGCGGCUGAGCGACGAGCAGGCGCGGUUCCUGGAGCUGAGCUUCAGGAAGGAGCGGAAGCUGGAGACGCCCCGCAAGGUGCAGCUUGCCGCCGAGCUCGGCCUCGACGCCAAGCAGGUCGCCGUCUGGUUCCAGAACCGCCGCGCCCGCCACAAGAGCAAGCUCAUGGAGGAGGAGUUCUCCAAGCUCCGCGCCGCGCACGACGCCGUCGUCCUCCAGAACUGCCACCUCGAGACCGAGCUGCUGAAGCUGAAGGAUAAGCUGGCGGAUGCCGAGGAGAAGAAUAGGAAGCUCAUGGCGGCGGCCGCGGCGGCAACCGGCGGCGCCGCGGGCAGCAGCAGCCCGAGCUCGUCGUCGUUCUCGACAGUGACGUACCACCCGGCGGCGAUGGUGGGGCAGUUCGGGGUGGAGGAGGAGGCCGCUGAGUACGCAUACAACAGCUACAUGAACAUGAGCGAGUACGCAUACAACAGCUACAUGAACAUGAUGGACUUGGCUCCCAGCUACUUCGGCGGAGUCUACGAUCACUUCAACUGAGAGCAGGAGUAUUAACUAUCUAUUUUCGUGUUCAUCAAUUUGCAGGGCACGUAGCAGCAGCAGCAGCAGUAAUUAAGCCAUGUAGAUUAGUAAUUGGUAAUCUCUGUAAAUAUGUGUGGAUUAUCAUGCAAGUUCAUGUCAUGGACUGAUCUCUGUGAUGUAGUAUUGGGAUGCAGUGAAGUCAGAAGUGAACAAUAAUUGGUAA